AUGUUUGGCCUGAUCCCAACUCAUAUUGGUGCACUAACAAGAUUGCAUCAAUUAGUCUUACAAGACAACAAUUUUUCUGGUACCAUACCGGAUGGUGUUGGUAACCUAAGUAUGCUAGAGCAUCUAAUGCUUGAAAAUAACCAUCUGUCGUCAACUAUACCUGAAAGCUUAUUCCAUCUCAGUAACCUUCGAGAAUUAAGUCUAUCUCACAACUUCCUUAUUGGUUCAUUGCCCAGUGAUUUCAGUUCCAUGGAAGCAAUAGACAUUAUAGAUGUAUCUGCUAACUACUUGGUUGGUAACCUCCCGACUUCAUUUGCACAAAAUGGACUGUUAAGCAACCUUGAUCUAUCACACAACAUGCUGCAAGAUUCAAUCCCUGCCUCUUUCAAAGGGUUACUCAACCUAGAAGUUUUGAACCUAUCCUGUAAUAACCUUUCUGGCACUAUUCCAAAGUAUUUGGCCAACUUUACUUCUCUGACUAGCUUGAACCUUUAUUUUAAUAAGUUUCAAGGAGAGAUACUAGAUGGAGGUAUUUUCUCAAGAAACAUCAAUUCACAAUCUUUAAUUGGAAAUGUCGGGUUAUGUGGUGCCCCACGUCUAGGAUUUUUGCCAUGCCUAGUUGAUUCAUUCCCAUCCAACAAACAUUUGGUAUGUUUUUUGGUUCCAGUUCUCAUGAUAAUACUGGGAGCUAUAGCAAUUAUCCUAUACCUAAUGAACAGAAAGAAAAAUAGAAAGCAACCAGAUGCUAUGACUUCUAUGGACAUGGCUGACGUGAUCAGCCAUAGGCUAGUCCUACCAUGA